AUGGUGCUGGUGGACCUGCACAGCGCGGACCUGGCCCGGCUGCGGCAGCACUGGUGGCUGAACAAACUCCGCAUCAAUGGCUACCACCGGGACAAGCAGGAAGGACAAACAGCAGGCCUUCCGCCUGUUCAAAAUGUGGAGACUCCUCUGCAUCUUGCUUGCAUAAAUGGCCAUGCAGAUGUUGUUCAGUUUCUGGUAGAAAAGAAGUGCAAGCUAAACCCUUGUGACAGAUUGGAUAAAUCACCACUAAUAAAGGCAGUAGAGCACCAGCACAGGGACUGUGCAGCUAUUCUGCUGGAACAUGGUGCCAACCACAACCACAGAGCUGUAAAUGGUAACACCGCCCUUCACUUUGCUGUCAUGGUUUCUAGCAAAUCUCUAGUGAAGCUGUUACUUGAGCAUGGUGCAGAUAUUGAUGCUAAGAAUAAAUGGGGACACACUCCGCUUACUCUUGCAAUCAUUGAAAACCGUGAAGAAAUGGUCAAGUUCCUUCUUCAAAAAGGAGCUGGCGUGAAUGCUCAGGAUAAAGUUUAG